CUGCAGUGUGCGCCAUGGAGAGACAAUGCUUGUUGUACAGCCAACACCAGCGUGCACGCACACAAUGACCAGUCGAAGCUCUACGACUUCAACUGGAAUCACUGUGGCAUCAUGACGAAGAAUUGUAAACGGCACUUCAUCCAGGACACCUGUUUCUACGAGUGUUCGCCCAACCUGGGCCCCUGGAUCCAACAGGUGAGUCAGUCGUGGCGGGACGAGCGUAUCCUGCACGUGCCAAUCUGCAAGACGGACUGUGAUGAGUGGUGGCGGGAUUGUCAACAAGACUACACCUGCAAAGAGGACUGGCACUACGGCUGGGACUGGUCCACAGGCAUCAACCAGUGCCCACUGGGCUCCAAGUGCCGGCGGUUUGGCGAUGUGUUCCCCACCGCGAGGGACCUGUGUGAGAAGGUGUGGAGCAACUCGUACCGCUGGACAGAUCACCCGCGGGGCAGUGGUCUCUGCAUGUCCCUCUGGUUCAAGGCCGGCCCCAACCCCAACCCCAACCAGGACGUGGCACGCCACUACGCCCUGCAGAUGGGCCUCAUCUCCUGCAGUAGCCUGGCCUGGCCCAGCCCCCUGCUGCUAGGCCUCAGCCUGCUCCUCUCCCCCUCCCUCUCCCUCUCCCUCUCCUAGCCCACACCCUCUCCCCCUC